AAGUUCGACCACAUACAGUGCAAGCUUAAGUUUUUUUUUAAAUCGUGCAAAGAUGAUGCCAAGUAUUUCGCUAAUCGUUCUUCUCGUGGCCAUUGCCUCGUUGACCUUGGUAGAGGGAGGUGGACAUGGUGGUGGUGGACAUGCUCAUGUAAUAAUUCACGUGCCAUACCAUAUCAAAAAGAUCAAGCACACCCACACAAUUACGAAGCACAUUCAUCAUGGAGGUGGUGGUGGUGACAAAUAUGAAGUAUUAGGGUAUACUGUAGGUCAUCCCAUUGACCUUGGAGGCCACGGAGGUCAAGGAGGUCAUGGUGGUUUUGGAGGUCAUGGAUUUGAAGAUGGCGGUAAUGAUCUUGGCAUGCAUGGAGGAGGUGUGCCAGUUUCUGGUGGUCACGAAGAAGUAUCAGGAGGCUACUGAUUUCUUUAUGGAAGUUUGAUUAAGAAUUAUCACUUCCAAUUUUUGACAUACCACUGUUAGUGGCUUUAAAUGCAUUUGCAAAAAGUGCCUUUACCUCUUAAUCUGAAACUAGUCUCGUGUUAGCAAAUGUCAAUGGGAAUUCGAAUUUUGUGAUACGACUUUUAUAAAAAAAAUUGCACUGUUAACUAUUGUUAUUUGUUACUUCUUUUUUUUACAUUUUUAAAAUAAAAUAUAUAAUUGACUUGUAAAUUUUUAUUAAACAUCGAAACAUAGAAAACAUUCUCAUACGAGAAGAUAAUAGAUAAGUAAGUACAAAAACAUAAAAUGGUUGUUUAAAUAUCAAGAUAUAUAAAAAAUAUUUAGAUUUUGUUGAAUGACCGAUAUCAACAUUCAGGGUCUCACUACAUACAUUUGAUAAAAAAACAUUUUGUAUCUCGUCAACUUACACUUUUUACAAAUUCAAAGAACAUUGCGAUUAAAGGAAGUCACUCAAAUUUGUAAUCACACGUUUCGUCGAUUUAUACAUUAAAAAAUUAUUUGUACAGGCACACUAAC